AUGGAACAGUAUGGAAGUUUGAACUGGAAAUACGCUGAUAAGAUUAUACCAGAAAGACGAAACUCUUCAAGAGCACUGGAUUCAGUUCAAACUUUGACUGUUAAAGCUGAAACUCUCAAUAAAAAGAAAGAAAAUCUUGAAAACAAAUUAGCAAAUAUCCUAGAAAACUACCAAAGUGAUGAAUUAGUUUACUUAGUAAUGCAAUUAAAGCAAAUACAGAAAGAAUUCCGAAAAAAUUCAAUAGACGUUACUAACUUUUUUAAACCAAUGACAGAAUCAAUUACCCCAUCUUUGAAAUCUGGUCGUCCUCAAACAUCUACAAUAGAUUUUGAUGAUUUUGGAAAAAAUAAUUUCAUCAAUCAUUUCAAUGCUGGAAUUCUUCAACAAUAUAACGAAUAUCUGAUAAAUGAAAUCAAUGAAAUGUCUAAAAAGCGCACAGAAAUAAAUGCUCAACUCAAACUUUUCGAAGAAGUACAAACAAAUUUUGUUCAAGAUACAAUGAAAAUGAUUUCUAAGCGCCAAAUACCACGUAGAAUAUCAUCAGACUACCCAUCACGUAGCAAAAGUUCUCAAAUUUUACUUGAAAAAUUAACAAUACAACUCGGACAACUCAGAAAGAAAUAUAAAUUCCUUCAACGAAGAAUAGAGUAUGAACAAGAUAAAUUUAAGCGAGCUCAAGAGAUUAAAAUUAGUUCAUUCUUGACUCAAAGAUUAUCCAGAUGGGGAUUGUCUCAAACUCAAAUUCAUAAGAUGAACACUGCUGCUCUUGUAAUACAGAAGUUUUGGCGAGAAAAACUAGAUAAGAUGGGAUUGAGUUUGCGUUUUAAACUUUAA